AUGGUUGUACUUGUAUGCCUCACCGAACCAGCGGCUCCGUCCUUAAAGCACCUCCCUCACCACUGUCAUUGUUCCAUUCCUCUUUCCUUUUCACUUUUCAGUCCAAUCUACGAAACCAUGAGCCACCAACAACCACGAAGGCCUCAGUCUGACCAGUCCCGUGAUCAAGAAGGGCCCAUCAAGUAUGGUGACAUUUUUAACGUCACCGGUGAACUUGCUUCCAAAUCCAUCGCAUCGUUAAAUGCCUCCGCAAUGCAGUCGGCUGAGACCACCGUCCUCGGACAGACACAGAGAAGUGGUCCCUCGGCUGUCAUGCAUUUUGUUGGGCAAUACAUUCAACCCAAAGUUCCUAGGGACACUACAUCGUUCAAUAACGACCCUAUAACGGUGGGAGAAGCUUUAAAGGCGGCGGCAUUAUCUGCCGUCGAUAAACCAAUAGAGCAGAGCGAUGUGGCCGCAAUUCAAGCGGCUGAAAGAAGAGCUACUGGCUGUAAUGAGACAUUGUUCGGAGGUGUGGCCGCAUAA